CGCUUUUCACUUACUGAUCAUCAGACUGAAAUCAUGUCUGGACGAGGAAAAGGCGGUAAAGGACUCGGUAAAGGAGGUGCUAAGCGUCAUCGCAAAGUUUUGCGUGAUAACAUCCAGGGAAUCACCAAACCCGCCAUCCGUCGUCUCGCUCGUCGUGGUGGUGUCAAGCGUAUCUCCGGUCUGAUCUAUGAGGAGACUCGCGGUGUGUUGAAGGUGUUUUUGGAGAACGUUAUUCGUGACGCCGUCACCUACACUGAACACGCCAAGAGAAAGACCGUCACCGCCAUGGAUGUCGUCUAUGCUCUGAAGCGUCAGGGUCGCACUCUGUACGGUUUCGGAGGUUAACUGCCUAAACUCCACACGAACCCAAACGGCUCUUUUAAGAGCCACCCACAUUAUCAUAUUAAGAGACGAAAUCUGCCCAUUAUUAAUGUUUUAUGCGUGCUGAUCCCUAGGUUGAAUAGUUUAGCUAAAGUCGAUGUGACCCGAUCAGACUUCCUUGUUCUCAGUUUCAACCCCCCUGUCCAGUUACGUAUGUCGAUUAAUUAUUAUAAUGUUUAUCAGACUUAUUUAGAGUGUUGAUAACGA